UACAUAUAUAUAUCCCAAUCCCUUCCUUCGCAAACCCAAUCUUAUGUACUAUCCCUCUAUGUUUACAUCAUCUUCUAAGCUGUUUCUUUUGCUUUAUCAUGUCCGUGUGUGCUUCACAUUCUAUAUCAUCCUAUCAGCAUCCUUCCAUCAUCCCUAUGUUUUCAUCAUCUUCCCCUGUACAAACACAUUUGCUCGUCCGUUUGAAAUGGAUGGUAACCCAUGUUGUCGGUUAGAAACAGACAGCAUGGCUCAUCUUUUGAUGUAGAAAUAGCUUGCUCUUUCGCACUCGUCUUCACAUAUAUCUACUUUACUCUUUUUUUUCGUAAUACCACUCAUUCUCAAUCAAACAAAAAAAAAGAAAAACAAAACAAAACAAAAAAAAUCACAAUAAUAAAAGUACUUGGUUUUGAGAUUCUCAAUUGCUCUGUUCAUAACCUUUUUGUGAAACUACCGCUUCUGAUAACUGCCAUGUUCAAUAUCCAAGGUCAUGACAAAGGCGACCUUGCAGGUUCUAUUCAACACGAUUGAUUCUGGAAGUUUUUUGUUGUAUUUGGGAAAGAAUAAAACGUCAAAAAAC